AUGGCUGCCUGCCAGCUGUAUGCCGCUGUCGACGGCGUCGAGAGGACAGGAGAGAUAGGGAGAAGGACGGGUGGCGAUGAGAUGCCCUUUGGGCUGCAGAUAGACGCACCAAGCACGAGCUCCCCGCCUCUACACUGUCCAGAUCGAGGCCGAAAAGCUGCUGAUGCAAAGGAACAAGUCGGAAUCGCUCGCAAUCCUGCGGACCAUCACCGUGAGGGGCUCCGGGAAGAAGGAUGGAGUCGCAAGCCCAUCCACCUCUGGCCCCGUCUUUGGCCGCCAGCAGGAAAACACCCGCGACGCCCGUCCGACAAGCCGCAGUGCCCUUCGACAGAUCAAGCGCGGCCGAAAGCUGGCCGGCAUCGAGCACCCAUGAAGGUGAAGAUCAAAACCUGGAACGCAGUCGCCGCCUGGCGGUGGGACAUGCCGGACGAGGACGUGUGCGGCAUCUGUCGAAACCCGUACGACAGCACGUGCUCCAAGUGCAAGUUCCCCGGCGACGAGUGUCCGCUGUUGAUGGGCGAAUGCAGUCAUUCGUUCCACAUGCAUUGCAUUAUCGCAUGGGUCGCGCAGGAACAGAGCCAGGAAAAGUGUCCCAUGUGCCGUCAGGGUAAGGCGACCCGCCAUUCGCACGAUGUUGACAUGGAGCUGACUGCGGUUCGACCAGUGUGGAAGGAGAAGGGUGUUUGA